UGGAACCAAUCGAGAAGAAAGGGUGGUCCAGGGUAUGUUUAUCUUUCCACUUACUCCAGGGAUGUUGGAGGGAUGCCUUUACACCUCAUUGGGGCGGCGCACAAACGUCUUUUCGACGGAAACUUCUUUAACUCUCAGAUAGUCUGAUAAAAUACCCUCAGUCUGUGAUUAACACCGAUAGAGAUCACCGAAAAAUUAAUCUCCUUCCCCCAUUUACUAUCGUCUCCCCUCAAUUAACUAUCGAGUAAAAUUUGUGACAGUUCGGUAAACAAAAAUGUUGCGAGGGAAAUUCAAAAAAUCGAGGGACAGUGAAGAUUCUGAGGAGAAGCAGAGACGUCCGAAAUGUGCGAGAUGUCGUAAUCAUGGACUGAUUUCUUGGCUCAGGGGGCAUAAGAGGCAAUGCAGAUACAGGGAAUGUCUCUGUGCAAAAUGUGCACUAAUUGCCGAACGACAGAGAGUAAUGGCUGCCCAGGUGGCUUUAAAGAGACAACAGGCAGCUGAAGACGCCAUUGCCUUGAGUAUGGCGAAAGUCGCGACGGGACAGAGACUUGAUCAUUUACCUCCUGGGAAAAUUUUUGGAAUGGCGGUCACAGCGCCCAAUACAAGUCCACCAUUUCAAUCAAAUUCAUCAAAAUUUAAUUCUGAUACUUCGAAUGAGCAGAGUCCUGCCAAAGAUAAGGGUGUCACAAUACAAAAUGAAGAUGAUAAAUCAGCGAAACAGCCCCUUGAAGAAGAUAAAAAUUACCCAGAAAGAACUCAAUGCAGUCCUUCUCAAAAGAAGAAAAAUGAAGACGAAGUUCAGAAAGAGACGACAGAAGUCUCAGAGAGUUCGAUUGAGACCCUGGCGAGGCUUUUCCCCAGCACUAAACUGUCAGUGAUUCACUUGGUCCUCCAAAGAUGCGGACAGGAUCUACUGAAGGCCAUUGAAUAUUUUGCAACCAACAAUAACAGCGGUUUCAUAGGCUCUCCACACUCAGCAUUUCGUCCCCACAUUUCCACAUCAUCAGAAAUUAAAUCAACCACCGACAUCAAUUCACUAUUCCCUCUAUCCUCGAUCUACUCGAGUUCCUUCUCCAGAAAUUUGUACAGUAACAGCUAUUAUCUCCUCAACAUGCGGGGAAAUCAAUUGCCUUGCAACUGCAUUCCCGAUGCAACUUCAUCUCAUGAAUUGGACAAUAGUCUGUUCAACUUUGGGUACAAUAAUUAUGUUAAUGUCAAUGCUUUGCAACAACUACGAGAGCACAGUGGUGAGCCUGAAUUGCUCCAUCUACCGUCUGUCAUCCCCGGAAUACCGUGUAUUCAACCAAAUUGCGCACAGUGUUACAAAUAUAUUUAA